GUAUAAAACUGUAAGACUACCUCUGGUUUAUGAAGCAAGCAUUUUCUGGAUGAUCUGUGAUGUCUCUGAAAAUGUUCCAAACUUUGGUGUCUGCUCUGCUGCUUACAGUUACCAUUUCAGGUGCCCUUGGAAUACCUUUUCUGACAGAAGAAUCGGCUAAUCAGUUUAUAAGACUUAAACGACAAAUACCGUAUUCUCACAGCUACUGGGACCCAAGCAGUAGUCAGAACACAUGGGGAUACAUGGUGGCUGAGCAGAUUAGUGAAUCAUGGACAGCUCUGAAAGACACAGCACAGUACUACAUGGAUUUGGGAUCUUAUUCCUUUGAUCCUUCAAUUGCCAGUGACAACAUCAGAUCUUACAUGGACACGCUACAGCAGUCUGGGAUGCACCUCCAACAACAGAGUAGGAUGAACAAUUGAAUCCUACACAUCUCAUGUCUGGUGAUAUUAGGACUUGGAGUGUUAUCUGUUUGCCACAAAUUACUUUCUCUCAUACCAUGGUCUAAACACCACAAUUCACACACACAGUCUUUCUCAAUGGCAUAUAUUUUGUGUGGAGAAGUAGUAGAAAUGGGAUGUAAGUCACGGUAAAUUGAAUAAGGAGAUGAAGACUUAGCAGCCCUUAACUUUCACCAAUUAGGUUAAAACAAACAAAAACAACAAGAAAAAAAAACAAAUAAGUUUGUUUUUAUGUGAAGGGUUUAUUUUUAAGUAAAAAAUUGUUUGGUGGUUUUUGUUUUUUUUUUUUUUCCCUGUUGUUCUGUUUUAUAAUAGAAAACCACAUCUUUAUUUCUCAAUAUUUCACUUAAGCUGCAUUUCUGAAAGGAAAUAAAAAAGAAUGGAAAUCAGUCACCGAGGCUGGAUAGGAAGUUGAGUACAUUUACUCCAGGUUUGGCUAAUAGAAAGGAUAUACUUCCUACAAUUCAAGAGUAUUUCCAGUUCUUCAAGUACUGUGGUCAAAAAGGAAUUGUAGUGUGCAUCUCUGUUGCGUAUACUUUUCUUCCUGCACUUAAAGUUCCAUACGUGAACACCGAAAAUGACUGAAACUAAACAUGCCAGCAUAAGCUGCUUUUCCUUACCUCGUGGGAGUAGGAUCUGGUGAAAAUAUUUGUUCACAGCAAUUUUCCUAAUAAAAAGAGUGAUGCCAAAAAA